ACGCAUGCGCGGCGUGACUGCCACGUACAGGUUGACAGCUGCAGUUGAGGCUUCCCGAUGCUGCUGCCACCCGGCUCUUGCUAAGGCCAUUAACCCGCUCUCACCCUCUUCGUUUUGGGAGCAGUUAGUGAAAUACAACGUGAUCUCGUCGUCACGAUCAGGAGGUCGGCGCAGCGGUUAGGACACGGCACCAUGAACGGCCAGCUCGACCUGAGCGGGAAGCUGAUCAUCAAAGCCCAGCUGGGCGACGACAUCAGACGUAUUCCUAUCCACAACGAAGACAUCACUUACGAUGAGCUGGUGCUCAUGAUGCAGCGCGUCUUCAGGGGCAAACUGCAGAGCAGCGACGAGGUCACCAUCAAGUACAAGGAUGAAGACGAUGACCUCAUAACCAUAUUUGACAGCUCUGACCUCUCCUUUGCUAUCCAAUGCAGUAGGAUUCUCAAGUUAACUUUGUUUGUGAACGGUCAGCCAAGGCCUUUGGAGUCCAGUCAUGUCAAGUACCUGCGCAGGGAGCUCAUCGAGCUGAGGAAUAAAGUCAACACGCUCCUGGAUACUUUUGAGCCAGCAAAGGAGCCCGGCGUGGCCACCACAGCACCAGAAAAUGCAAUUGAAGGACGUGAAGGCAAGAUGGCGACAACAGACUUUGCUGCGAAGCACGUGACCCCGGUCAGCGCGGCCAGUAUGUCUGCCUUUGACCCCUUAAAGAACCAGGACGAAGUCAACAAGAAUGUCAUCUCUGCUUUCGGUCUGAGCGAGGACCAGCCCCCAGCUCCGCCAGCAGCAGUAGCCCCAGAGGAGCGCUCAGGGACCCCUGAUAGCAUCGCUUCCUCCUCUUCCACAGUCCCUCAGCAAGGAUUGCCUCCCCAAGCGCAGGCCCCCUUUUCUGGAGGACAGCAGGGAGCCCCAGCUAGCAUGGAUGGUCAGGUGUACCAGCAGUACCAGGCCCCAGGUGGGUACCCUCCACAGCAGCCGGGUGCCCCGCCUCAACAGUAUGGAAUGCAGUAUCCUGCGGGGUACAGUCCCCAGCCGGGAGCCCCUCAACCUGGUCCACAGCAGCCACAACCACAGCAGUUCCAGAACUACGCACCCCCCUCCUCCCAAGCCCCAGCCGCAGGGCCACCGGCCCCGACCCCCAGCUUCCAGGGUGGCCAGCAGCCACAGCAGCAGCCUCACCCUCAUCCUCAGGGACCCCAGCAGUACCCACCAGGAGCCUUUCCUCCCCAAAACUAUACUACCCAGGCAUCGCAGCCUGCCAACUACAGCAUGCCACCCACCUCCCAGCCUGCUGGUUACCAACCUCGCCCAGGAUACACCCCGCCUCCGGGCAGCACGGUCACCCCUCCGCCCGGGGCUGCUAACCCUUAUGCUCGCAACCGGCCCCCUUACGGUCCGGGCUAUGCUCAGCCAGGCCCUGGGUACCGAUAAAAGGUGCUCGUGAUUUGAUCCAUGACCCAACCUUUGUGAUUUCAACUGUUUGGACUGGUUCACUGCUCUGACUACCCCCCACCACCCCCAUCAUGAAUAUAAAAUCCAAAUUUGAAACCGGCAACUCCCCAGUGUGAUGGUUACUGUUUGUCCAUCACUGGCCUUUUGGUGUUGUAAUUAUGGCCCUUUUAUUAUUUCUUUGUGGGGUAUUUCAUCUCAUCUUUUUUCUUGUUUUUGGCUUUGUUGCACUCAUCCGGAAGACCAAAACAGCCUGUUAAUCCUUUUUACAUCAUAGCGUGAACGACAUCCACAUCCUUAAGAUGCCUCUUUCCCUCAGACACACUAACUGAAUUCCGAUGUUUUGUCUUUUUGUUUGUCGCCGCCAUUUUUGUUUUAAUCACGACUAGCUAAAUGAAGGCAUACAUGUGGGAUCAAUCCCAGUCAAAUAUAUAAGGUUUCCCUUACGGUCACCACGCCUUCGCGCUUUCCCUGUCCUGUCACCAGUUUUUACAGAUAUUUAAAAAUCGAAUGACACCUUCACGUGAGAUUAGUCGUUUAGUGUAUAAACUGUAACGUUUUUUUUUUUCAUUAACACAAUAAAUGAUUGAGACCUA